AUGUCUCCCAAUAUCCCAGCCGAGGUCUCCGAGAGCAGUCAAAAGAAGUCUGCGUCGGACCAUUGGUUCGACGAGGUCAACCAUAAGGCAGCCUCGCAGAUUGGCGGCCUAGGAGAUGAUCCGCCCUUCCUCUUAGACAAUGUCGAUGUACAGAUCGGCGAGAAACAUGUCACUACGGCUCCAGAUCCAGAGGAUCCGAUCCUAUCGUACAUGCGCACUAAUGACUGGGAGAGGGAAAACGAGGAUCUGCGAGGGAUCAUCGAUGACCUGACCCUGGAUGUCAAGCGCAUGAAACGAAAACUGCGGCGGUAUCGAGAAGCUAACCCCCGGCAUUUGCGAGACGACAAGCUAUUCGAGAUUCGAGCUCAUCGUCUGUCAGUCCGAAGGAAAAGGCAGCUGGAGAAUAUCCUUGAGCGGUUUGCUGCUGAUGUAUCGGUGCCACCGCGGCUAUCAAAGGACAAUUCGCUCCCAAAUGCAAAUUCGCUGCUUUCUGAAGAGGCUCGCAUGGGAAUGCUGGUCGUGUUGAUUGAGUGCUUGUGCUCGCCUAUCAAUACUUCGCAUCAUACCUCGAGUCGCAAGUCUAAUUUGCUACAGGGCAAUCAAGAUGGCUGGUUUAGCAUCAAUGAGAUGCUAGGUUGCAUCCAACAAGCUUCCUCGGCUGUCAGCCAGCACAAAUUCAGCCUGGAGACUCUCAAGAAACAUAGCACACGACUAGAUAUUUCUACGGAUGGGAACUACCUGAGAUGGAAAGCCGCCAAAGGCGAUCCUGUCGAAUCACGCGCCACGCAAGAUGAAAUCCAAGUUGACAACCAGAAUUUUUUUAAAUCGCGGGCGUCUACACGAGUUCCACUCGGCUUCGACAAGAUGGAUGUGAUGUCGACAAUCAAGAAGAACCCAUAUUACACGCCAUCUGCAUUUCUGAAACAUGGAAGCGAAGCUGAAGCUGAUAGUUUAUCGAUGACCAACAGUGAAGCUGAAAGUACAACGCAAUUUACGGUAGUCCAUCCGAAUCCGCAGACGUCCAAGUCUCCAAAGCUUUCGUCAAGUGCACCCCAUGGCAGGAUGGCUUACUACAAGAAUGCAUCGUUCUACAUGGACUAUUCUUGCGAUAGUAUAGAUCAUGCAGAUCUUUGUCAAGAUCCACAUCAAUAUGACAAGAAACGAAAACGCCGGCGACCGUCUGAGAGUCACGUAUCCAACCGCUUUGCGGCUUACCGUACUGAGCAUAAAGAGAACAACGACAAGCAACACGAAGUCAGCUCUCCAGGUCUAUCAUUGAACGAGGUGCCAUUAACCCCGAUAGCUGAUGGAACCAGGGCCCGGCCAAUCGAGCUGGAAGCGUCUGGCGUUGGGGAUGUGAUUCCUAGUGAUAAUUUUGCAGUGCAUGUCACGGUUAAGUACACCUCAGUCCCUAACUCCGUCCAUACCACCAUGACUUCUCGAGCCCCCGACAACCGUCUCUCCAAAAACAGAAUCAUCCCUCGUCCUAAGGUCCACAGCACUUUCAAAGCACACGUCGUAGCCAGCAUCCACGAGGAACUGGCUCCCUCUUCUCUUCCACCUCCCACUUAUGGGGUUUUCUCUUCAGAUAGUUCGGACGACGAAGACGAAAUUUCGCCUUCAGAACUAAACUACAGUGGAUACGGUGUGGAUAAACCAACGCACGCGGUAUCUAUUCAGAAAUGGAGAGCUGAGGUUGUGUCGUCGCUUGAGCAUGAUACCGUCGGCGCCGUAUCCAGGGCUGAAGAUGUAGAAGCUACUUAA